AUGGACGGAGGAGCCGCCUUCCCGGGCACGCCGCCGGUGCCCCGCUCGCCGGAGGACGUCUUCCGGGACUACCGCGCGCGCCAGGCCGGCCUGAUCAGGGCGCUCACCACCGAUGUGGAGAAGUUCUACGUGAUGUGCGACCCAGAGAAGGAGAACCUAUGUUUAUAUGGACUUCCCAAUGAGACUUGGGAAGUGAACUUGCCUGCUGAGGAGGUCCCUCCUGAACUCCCAGAGCCAGCUCUGGGAAUUAAUUUUGCUCGUGAUGGGAUGAAUGAAAAAGAUUGGCUAUCACUUGUUGCAGUGCAUAGUGAUUCUUGGCUAAUGUCUGUUGCAUUUUAUUUUGGAGCAAGGUUUGGAUUCGACAAGGAAUCCAGGAAACGUCUCUUCACCAUGAUCAAUAACCUUCCCAGCAUAUAUGAGGUUGUCACAGGAACUGCCAAGAAAGAGCUCAAAGAAAAAACUCCUAAAAGCAACAAUAAGGCUAACAAAUCUGGCUCAAAGCCCUCACGCCAGGCGGAACCCAACUCAAGGGUCCCAAAGAUGCCGCCACCAAAGGACGAGGAGGAGAGUGAAGGGGAGGAAGGGGAACCACAGGAAGACCAUGAGACUGCCCUGUGCGGCACAUGUGGCCUAGGUUAUGAUGACUUCUGGAUCUGCUGCGACUUAUGCGAGACAUGGUUCCACGGCAAGUGUGUCAAGAUCACCCCAGCUAAAGCGGAGCACAUCAAGCAGUACAAGUGCCCCUCCUGCACAGGAAGCAAGAGGGCCAAGGCUUGA